AUGUCAGUCUCAUCAAGCACACCCAAAGAAGAUUCUCACGACUUGCGUGAAGAACCUUGCGAUGGUGAAAUCGACGACAACGACAAAGAGUUUCCGACGACGAGUAUUAGGGUUGUUUUGGUCGACUCAGAUUCCGAAUCUUCAAGUCUCAUGAAGAAUCUCAUGACACAAUUCUCCUACCAAGUGACGAAUUUUACAAACGGAGAUGAUGCUAUCGCUUUCUUGAUGAAGAGUAAGGAUGAGAUUGAUCUCGUGAUUUGGGAUUUUCAUGUGACCGAGAUUAAUGGGCUCGAAGCUCUCAAUACCAUUGGUAAAGAGAUGGAUUUACCCGUAGUAAUCACGUCUCAUGACCACGAGAAGGAAACGGUGAUGACAUCGACGAAGAACGGCGCGUGUGACUUUCUCGUGAAGCCCGUGAGCAAAGAGGUCGUUGAAGUUCUAUGGCAACAUGUUUACCGCAAGAGAAUGUCAAAAUCCGGUUUAGAUUCGGUUGAAAAAGAUUCGGAAAAGGACGGCGGUUUAGGGCAACACAGUAAUAAUCUCGAUCAUAGCAACGAAGUAUGCUCCAAGAACGUCCAAGAUAGCGAAGAACAAAACACUGGCGAUAAAAAAGGAGGCAGGCCUUUGUCCAAGAAACCGCGGAUGACGUGGACUCCUGAACUUCACGACAAGUUUCAAAAAGCCGUCGAAAAAAUCGGCAACGGUGAGAAGGCUGUUCCGAAGCAGAUUCUAAAAUGUAUGCUAGAAGAAAUGAAUGUGGAAGGACUCACUAGAAACAAUGUAGCCAGUCAUCUUCAGAAGUACCGUCUAGCGGAGAAAAAGCCAUGCGUUCCCCAGGAGAGUACUCGAGUAGAUUCAGGGUGGCACUAUAACGCUGGACCAAACCCAACCAGUCUCAUCACGGCUUCGCAACCGCUGCUAAACUCAAGCAUCAAUCUCCAUACUAGAGUGCCGUCGUCGUUUUUGACCAACGAUCAAGCCGCAGAGAAUGCUCCAAUUCAGUAUCCAUCGAUCAAUUACCUCACAAUGAACAACAGCCUUUUGAUGACCAACCCUUGCAUUGACUCGUUUUACCACCCACAACAUCAACAACAACAGCAACAACAGCAGCAACAGCAGCAACAGCAGCACUACCAUUCUUCUCUUCAGUUACCUUCCGUGAUACCCAAGCAAGAUCCUGCACAGGUGUUAUCAACCAUGGAAAAUUCCGGUCUCCUCUAUCCUCCAAACUUACCCUACGACUUCAACGAGUAUUUCCCACCAGGACACAACAAUUUUGAUCCCGUUAAUCGAUAUUGA